GAGCCAUGCGCAGUACUAGCACGAGGCUGUGGGACUUCCAAGAUGUCAGCCAGUCGGCGAAAGAGAUGUCGACUUAAAGUGCCAAUAUUUCCCUUAUAGCAUGUAAACCCGACCAUGUCGGGAAAUGUGCCGUUAGAGAGAUGCUUCAAAGAAGCAGAGGAAACGGGAAGGCUCAAUUUGAGCUUCAAGAACCUCCGGGAUUUCCCAGAUCCUACUGAGGAUUGCGAGCUAAUUGAUGUCAUUGAAAUAGACCUAUCGAGAAACAAGCUCUCUGAAUUCCCGGCAGAGUUAUGCGACUUUGUUAUGAUCGAGAAAGUGGAUUUAUACCACAACGCGAUACGGGGAGUUCCAGAAUCGCAGAUGAGUGAACUGAAAUUUCUCCGAGUGUUAAACUUGAGACGGAACCAGAUCACCACUUUUCCCUCAGAACUCUGCUCUUUGCCUUUGCAAGUCUUAAACUUGAGUAACAACAAGCUCAGCUCCCUACCAGUAGAAAUUGGACAUUUAACUUUAUUGCAAGAUUUGGAUUUGAGUUCAAAUGAAUUAAUCCACUUGCCCAGUAGCAUGGGAGAAAUGAUUUCUUUAAAGGAUUUAAACAUUCGGAGGAAUCGUUUAGAAGUUUUACCAGAUGGAUUUGAGUUCAAAUGA